AUGGUGUCCAGUAUGGCCUCAAUAUUAGAGGGAGCUGGGGAGUAUCGCACAGACCAUGCAUUGUCCGGUCCCUUGCACCCCGCAAUGACCAUGUCCUGCGACUCCGGGAUGACCAUGAGCAGCACUUACACUACGCUGACACCGCUGCAGCACCUGCCUCCCAUAUCCACCGUCUCGGAUAAAUUUCACCAUCAUCCUCACCCGCACGCUCACCACCAUCCGGCGCAUCAGCGUCUCACCGCCGGCAACGUCAGCGGCAGCUUCACCCUCAUGCGGGACGACAGGAGCCUUGCCUCGAUGAGCAACCUUUACGGCCACUACCCUAAAGACAUGUCCGGCAUGGGCCAGCCGCUGUCCCCUCUCUCCAACGGCCUCGGGUCUUUGCACAACUCGCAGCAGACUCUUGGCGCCUACGGUCCGGGCGCCCACCUCUCCAACGACAAGAUGCUCUCGUCCGGAGGCUUCGAGUCUCACGCAGCGAUGCUGUCCCGGAGCGAGGAACACCUGGCCCGGGGAUUUGGGGGCCACGGGGCCGGCAUCAUGUCAUCCCUGAACGGUAUGCACCAUCACAGCCAUCCGCACUCUCAGGCUAACGGGUCCAUGCUCUCUGACCGGGAGAGGCAGACGGUGGGGGGCGGGCAGGGAGGUGGGUCGGGGCAGGUGGAAGAAAUAAACACCAAGGAGGUGGCACAACGAAUAACGGCGGAGCUCAAGCGCUACAGCAUUCCCCAGGCCAUCUUCGCCCAGCGGAUCUUGUGUCGGUCCCAGGGAACCCUGUCUGACCUGCUGAGGAACCCUAAACCCUGGAGUAAACUCAAGUCUGGCCGGGAAACCUUCCGGAGGAUGUGGAAGUGGCUGCAGGAACCUGAGUUCCAGAGAAUGUCGGCACUCAGACUAGCAGGUGAGUAAGGAGACGUCCAAAUGUGAAGGGAUCUUAGAAAUCAAUGUGGCGAGACUAUCAAUCGCUACUCAAACAGAUAUCACUGUAACAAGUUGUAUGGAUUCUUUGAGGUGUUAACAAUGGCUAUUAUUCUUUAAACUUUAUUAAACCAGCAUGUUGAAUUGGUUGUUUGAAAAGAUAUGUAAAUCCAGUUGGAUUGACUGCUUCAUGCUCAUAUAAUAAAGUAUGAAAGAGUAAACAGUAGCUAUGCUGUGGUAGUCUACUCUGCAGGUGAUAUCCUAAUUAGCUGUUAAACUUGAAGAAAAAAAUAGAAAUUAACUUGUUUCAAGUUUUUGAAUACUCACUAAUAUGCUGCCAACAUUAUACUUGUAUCAAUUUUACGCACGCGCGUAAUGGGGAACACACACACACACACGACAAGGUGUUUCGACCACAGACAAUAGGAAAUCAAACACAGAAAGAGCUGAAUCAAAUUGAUUGUGGUUCUCUGUAACUGUAUCAUUUGGGCCACAAUAACGCGUGUAGGCCUACAAUGGUGCGAUUAUUGACCAGCAGACUGUCAAAAUUCACAUAUUCACUCUUCUUCUGGUGUGGAGUCGUUCCAUUAGCCUCAUGUUAAAUAUCGUUUGUCAGCGUAUUAUGUAUCAAAUGGACCUGGAAUUAUCGUGGGCUUUCCCUUUCCCUGUCUACUCGGCGAGGCGCAAACAAGGCGCGUCUGAGAUGCUAGGGCCUAGCAGCAAGUCGGGAGCGUGACCUCCUGCGAAUCGAUACUAAGGGGUCCCCGCGUCCCUUUUCAAAGUAGCACACUGAUAAAUGAUCGAUUUGGAUCUGAAAGACAGCUCAACAAACAGAUGCGCCUGUCUUUGAUUUUCAACAUUCUGCGGCUUACACUUUAUUUAUAAAGUCUCGAAGUCAUCUAUAGGUGGAAUAGCGACUUCGUGGUGAUAUAUUGUGAUUAUGAAUAAGUAAAAGUAAAAUAAGAAUUGAAAAUAAGAACUGAAUGGAGAUUAAAUACAAAUAGGCCUACUGUCAUAAUUAACUGUGAAAGGUAACUUUCCUUAAAUCUACAACAUACCAACUCUAAAUCAUCAGCAAUAACACUACAGCCGAAGUUGUACAUUGUGUUUUCGCCUAUACUGGCUAUAAAAAUACAUAGGCCUAGUAUAGCAGCCUAAAAUGUUGUUGUUUUUACAUAGGUCUAUGCAACUCUAAUGCACACAUUUUUCACUCUGAAUUCAUAAGUUGUAACCAUUUAUUCCUAUUUAUUAAUUCAUCAGUUAAUUUAUUCAUUUUGCCAGUGAGAGGUAAGAGUUUGGAACAAUGACCACCAGGCUAUCCCAAGGCCCUGCGGUGAAAUCUCCACGAAGGCUAAAAAGUCACCAAAAAAUGGUGUUCUUGUACAAGUUAUAAAGCUUGGGAGCUAAUUAACGAGGCUUAAUUAGGGGUGAAAAGCUAUAAAAUCAUACGAGUUGGAAGUGAUGGCCACUUUCAUUGAUGUUUCUGCAAAGGAACAUGCACGCGUUUGGACAUGCACGCGCUUCAAAACGCCAAUCAGUACUUCUCUGUCUUAUUUCAGUGGACAGUUCAAUUAAGCAGAUAUAGUGGCAUAUUUUAGUUCCAGUCAAUGCCCUAUUGAAAAGCACUUAAUGGAAUGUAAAUUGUUCCGCAUUUAGUGGGGUUCUGGUAAAUAAAGAUUUAAACAGUCCACAAUUGUCUCUUUAAGUGCCAUUGCUGUUAAACCUAAUUGAGCAGUGGGGUUUUACAGCCCCCCCCCCCCCCCCACACUAUGAUACAAACCUCUCAAUGAAUGGACUGAAUGUACUAUAUUAGAACUAUGGCACAGAACUUCCCAUACAUGUGUAUUUCUGCAUGCAUGCAUGUAGGGCUACAGUAUGCCUGUCUAUGUGCAGCAUGCAUGCACGUUCGUAUGCAUUCAUUUUAGAAUUGAUACGCCUAUGCUCCAUUUGUACCCCCAUGUGUAUAAUGGCUAUUCUUCAAUAGUUUACAGGCUAUAUGCCUAAUAGGUGUAGUGCAAGUAUCAUUAUUUAUUGUCAAGUAUCAAUCAUUAUCAUUAGUAGUAGUGAUGUAAUCGUGAUUGUUAUGGUUGUUGUUGUUAUGAUUAUGAUUAUGGCUAUGAUUGUUUAAUAGCUGCACUCUUUGCGAGCGAGUGGUUAUCCUCUGGCCCUGACGUGCUGUCUGUUGUCGUGUGAGCUACCUUGUGCUGUCAGUUGCUCGCAGGCAAAAUGGAGUUGGGCAAAAUGACAAAUUACUGUGACAUGUAAAUGGUGGGAGCUACAUUUUACUUAUUGCAUUUCAAUUCGCCGUUAUCCACUGUGCGAUGUGGGUUGGGAGUGGGAGUUGGGAUUCUAAAAGGGAGGGUGCGGAUUCUCCGUCGGCCACAUCAAUCAAUAAAUUCAAAUUACUAUUCCAAAUUCAUCAUAGUCCCACAAAUCAAUGCCGCUUCCCUGCUUAGCUAAUGCGAAAAUGCCAGUGUCUGCACAAUCACAUGACAAUCUUCCCCAGAAAAUUAAAAACUGAGCACGAUGUAGUCAAGUGAGGGGGGCUGCGUGCCCUUUAUGCGCGCACCAUAAAACGCCUGGUUACAAAUGUGUGGUGCAUUGUCCGCGAGUGGAGGGCAAGUGCAAAGCGAAUCUCACCAAAGUGCAAACCUAUAGUAUGGCCUACAAUUAAGGCCAACCUGUGCCUCGUUACGCAUCACGUUGAUCAUGUAUCAAGCUGAUUGGCUUUUUAGGACAGAUGAUAAUUUACAAAAACAAGCUCACAAAGUGCAUCUGUUGACAUUUUGAACCAACGUAAACAAGGAUGCAUUAUAGGUAAACAACAACUUGGAUUGUGUCGAGAAAGACACGGCAAAGUGAGGGCUGAGACAUUUAAAGAUUGCAUUAACGAUAAAAAAAAAACUAUUCGUAUUUGCAUCUGCGUUGAAUUCCACACUCCAUCUCAAUGUAUUUGGUCGGGUCAAUAAAGCAGUGAUCGAUAAGGAUAGCCAGUGCAUCUAUCAAUUAUUCCACCUCAGCACUCUCUCCCAUUGGACUCUCCCAGAGAGGUGGGGGGUGGCGUGUAGCCGAGAAAGGGGAUGGAGAGACUGGAGAAAGCCCCCAUUGCACACCUUUUUCCCUCUCUCUGUUGUAAUCAUGUUACAUCUGUAGACUGGAUGGCAAACUCACUCUCAAAACACCCUUUGGGGGUUGGGUUAUACAAUCAGCCUGGAUCUGUGUUAACAUGUAUUCACCAACGCAUUGUUCCAGACACACUCCGAAGACAAUAGAGACAACAAAAAUGAUUCGAUCCUGCCAAAUUACCGAUGCAUAAAAUGCGACGCAAUGAAAUAUUUCGCAAGAGCAUCAAUCUCAUUUAUCCAAAAUGUGAAGGGGAAUAUCAACAAUUUAUCAUUUGUAAAAAUUCGAUUUUGGUGAUGAGAUUAUUCUCUCUUCUAGUAAGAGGUUAUUCUACCAUAAUACAGGCAGACUAUGGAUAGGGAGAGAAUAGCUCAAUCAACUUCAUCACAGGCUAGGCCUACAUUUACAUCAAGGGAGGUCGACCUCUCUGCUGUCCCCAUACCACUGCUAUUUCUGUAUGGAGCAAAUAUUUAAGAUGGCUAUGCUACUCAUGAAAAAAUAUAAGUAAAACGAGUAUUUUAUUAAUCUAUCAUCCAACAGUUUAUACACAAGUCUGGAUGACAUGCAUCCUUCAUAUACUCGGAAUUAUGGCUGCCUGUCUCUACACAGUUGGGACAUAAUCCCAAUGCCAUCACUGUACCUAAACAACGAUCAACCCAGCUUGCUCCAUACACCGCUAGCAUUUCUAUCCACCUCCAAGUGUAUUUGCUACAGAAAUGUUCAACCCCACCGAUCAAAACCAUUUUCAUUUGGGAUCACCGCUGUCCAUGGUGCUGAAAUCUUAGGCCUAUAUGAACGGUGCUGUUGACCUAUGUUUGAGGUAAUGUAUUAUGGCUUUGCUGUAGCCCUUUCCCUGCAGUCAAGUGACCUAGUGAACCCAUGGGUGGAAUGUUAUUAAUAUUUGUCAUAUUUUCGUAAUUAAUACACUUUUUUUUAACGCGAAAAUCCUGUGUUUCUAUGUCAAACGAUUUUGUUAUAUUUCAGUCUUAUUUGAAGUAUUUAAAGUGUAAUAUUGGGAUGCAAACUCAAAAUUCAAUACAUUUCAACUAUAUCUGACAUGGUACAGGUGUCUUCUUUUUUAAGCCCAUAACCGUGUGUGAGGUGUAUAGUUUUGUUUCAAGUAGAUUUGUUGAAGAAUACCAAGAAACGCUCUGUGUGACCCUGAUUUAGCCCACUGCAGUAAAAUGUUAUUUUUUUUUUAAAUAAAGUGUUGUACAACAAUGUACGGUUGAGGUAGGCUAUGGAGAUACAGUAUGUUAAUGUCCCAGACGAGUCUAAUUCUUAAUUUUGACAUGUUCAUAUAGCCUGCGUCUAGCAUGCUGUACGUCCUUCACCCACCAUCAUGUCAAGAUCAAUAAUAUCACACAAUGUCACAAUCAGAUCAGGCUCACCAUCCUGUGUAGGCUAUGUUAAGACACAUAGUUCAGAGUCCACAGAAUAAGGUCCAUAUUCUCAAAUCCGGAAACACUUUUCUGGGAGAUUCUUCUCAAGAAUGCACCUUUUCCGGUGCUUAAAAAAGCAAAAGGUUUAACCAAAAGACACUCGGCAACAUAUUAAUCAAAAGCUGUGAUGCAAGAAUGUUGUUUAUGAUCUAUCCCGGAAAUCCGGUUAGCGGUUUUGAUUGAAAAGAGCCUUUAGGCAUGAUUAUUUUAGAAUAAUCGAAAGCAGGCUUUUUCAUGAAGAGACGGGUUGAUGCAGGCCUGCGAAAUGAUCGAUGCGAACUUUAAUAAUUGAUAGGCAUGGGGAACAGAAGGGGAGAGAAUCAUGCAGCUGCGGUUUCACAGACGCAUUUUGUUAAGCACAGCAAUGUGUGCUGUAAAUAGGUCUACUGGGAUUCACACACGCGCGCACGCACACACUGUGAAAUCAUGUGGUUGUUGUGGACAAUGGCAGCCAUUUUCUCCGGGGCACUAAUGAAAAGCUAUUCACAUUCUUCAAAUCUAUUCUAAAUGUUUGUCAAUGCAGCCAGAUGACGAAUUCUGAUUUGUUUUUCUGCGUUUGAGGAGGCGAAUUAAGUAUAGUGAUGGAGAACGUGCACUCACAGACACGUCUCCCCAUUUUUCCAGUGUAGCCUAUGUGCCUGCAUGUGUGUAUGUGAUCGGGAUACAGAGUGCGUCUGCGCCAUACAUUGUUAAGGCCGAUCUGGCGAGCUCUGAAUCUGUAUCGAUUUCCAUUCCCCGGUCUCUCCCUUCCAUCCUGGCGCUGCGCCAUGCAGGCAUAGGCUUACUCCUCCCGCUACCCCUUCCCCCUCCGCUCAUGUGCAACACCAUUUCCCCCAUUAACAGCUCACCCUUCAUAAUGUACACCGGAAUGACUAUUAAACGCAUGCUUUCAUUGGCACGAUGCAGCUAUAUGCGUGCAUUUACACGCCCAAACCCUAACUGGUAUUCCACUAAUCAUAGGCUAUGUUAUGUUGACGUUUCUCUAAAAUGGUGAAGCAAUAUUCUAUGGAUAAGGGAAUAGCCUAAAAUGAGAUUAGGUCUAUACCCAGACAGACCUACGCUGAAAAUUACAACGUCACCAUUAGACAAAGUGAUCAAUAAAUGGUCAAAUAAAGCUCUGAGACAGAAGGCUGUUCCGUCCCUUACACAAGAAAAUGUGGGCAGUCGCCCCUGCCUGCGAUCCCCUUACACUGUACAGUAGCCUUGCUGCACUCUUGCUGCAUAUUAAGGGACCAAUAUCGUUCACAUUUUUAUCAUGUACAGUGAGGGAAAAAAAGUAUUUGAUCCCCUGCAGAUUUUGUACGUUUGCCCACUGACAAAGAAAUGAUCAGUCUAUCAUUUUAAUGGUAGGUUUAUUUGAACAGUGAGAGACAGAAUAACAACAACAAAAUCCAGAAAAACGCAUGUCAAAAAUGCUAUAAAUUGAUUAGCAUUUUAAUGAGGGAAAUAAGUAUUUGACCCCCUCUCAAUCAGAAAUAUGUCUGGCUCCCAGGUGUCUUUUAUACAGGUAACGAGCUGAGAUUAGGAGCACAUUCUUAAAGGGAGUGCUCCUAAUCUCAGUUUGUUACCUGUAUAAAAGACACCUGUCCACAGAAGCAAUCAAUCAGAUUCCAAACUCUCCACCAUGGCCAAGAUCAAAGAGCUCUCCAAGGAUGUCAGGGACAAGAUUGUAGACCUACACAAGGCUGGAAUGGGCUACAAGACCAUCGCCAAGCAGCUUGGUGAGAAGGUGACAACAGUUGGUAAGAUUAUUCGCAAAUGGAAGAAACACAAAAUAACUGUCAAUCUCCCUCGGCCUGGGGCUCCAUGCAAGAUCUCACCUCGUGGAGUUGCAAUGAUCAUGAGAACGGUGAGGAAUCAACCCAGAACUACACGGGAGGAUCUUGUCAAUGAUCUCAAGGCAGCUGGGACCAUAGUCACCAAGAAAACAAUUACGCCGUGAAGGACUGAAAUCCUGCAGCGCCCGCAAGGUCCCUCUGCUCAAGAAAGCACAUAUACAUGCCCGUCUGAAGUUUGCCAAUGAACAUCUGAAUGAUUCAGAGGAGAACUGGGUGAAAGUGUUGUGGUCAGAUGAGACCAAAAUGGAGCUCUUUGGCAUCAACUCAACUCGCCGUGUUUGGAGGAGGAGGAAUGCUGCCUAUGACCACCGUCAAAAAUGGAGGUGGAAACAUUAUGCUUUGGGGGUGUUUUUCUGCUAAGGGGACAGGACAAUUUCACCGCAUCAAAGGGACGAUGGACAGGGCAAUCUUGGGUGAGAACCUCCUUCCCUCAGCCAGGGCAUUGAAAAUGGGUCGUGGAUGGGUAUUCCAGCAUGACAAUGACCCAAAACACACGGCCAAGGCAACAAAGGAGUGGCUCAAGAAGAAGCACAUUAAGGUCCUGGAGUGGCCUAGCCAGUCUCCAGACCUUAAUCCCAUAGAAAGUCUGUGGAGGGAGCUGAAGGUUCGAGUUGCCAAACGUCAGCCUCGAAACCUUAAUGACUUGGAGAAGAUCUGCAAAGUGGAGUGGGACAAAAUCCCUCCUGAGAUGUGUGUAAACCUGGUGGCCAACUACAAGAAACGUCUGACCUCUGUGGUUGCCAACAAGGGUUUUGCCACCAAGUACUAAGUCAUGUUUUGCAGAGGGGUCAAAUACUUAUUUCCCUCAUUAAAAUGCAAAUCAAUUUAUAACAUUUUUGACAUGCGUUUUUCUGGAUUUUUUUGUUGUUAUUCUGUCUCUCACUGUUCAAAUAAACCUACCAUUAAAAUUAUAGACUGAUAAUUUCUUUGUCAGUGGGCAAACGUACAAAAUCAGCAGGGGAUCAAAUACUUUUUUCCCUCACUGUAUGCACAUGCUCACACAGUACACACACAGUACACACGCACGCACACGCACACACACCUACACACACAGACAGGCAGAGAGAGAAUUCACACUUGGGCAUGCAAUUAUAAAUGCAGCACAUAUAGGUCUAUCUAACCCGUUUGCCUCAAUAGGCCUACAGUCUAGAAUACCGUCUAUUCUAUUUUAGAUUAUCAAUUCCUACGCUUUUCCGUCGCCCCCUCGCCAAACCGGAUCGAUAGGAGAGAAUGACCUUUAAAUCAAAUUGCUAGGAGACUGAACUGUGCGCACGAGGCUAGCAUCUAAGGGUUAAAUAGCGUUGCGUCACCGAUUUCAAAUAUAAAACCGUAAGAGAAGCCAUUUGCUGAAUUACAGGAUCAUUGUUGUAGCCUGAAAUCACAGUAACAUUUCCCUGCCAGAUAUAUUAAUAUUAAAAUGAUUAUGUUUGUAGGCCUAUCAUAUGUUUUAUUAGGCACAUUGAACAGUCUAUCCAAAAUCACUUUGGCACCGUAAACUAUGAUUCUAGUUAUCAAUACAUGUGAAUUGGCAUAUGGCUGAAACAAAGGCAUCUUUUGUUGGGUUUGAUCGAUUUCCCAAAAUAUUUUGGUGAAGUGGAAUGAGUAGCUAACGAGACAACAUUAUCCAUCUAGCCAACCUACACCUUAUGUUGUUUGUAGCCUAAAUUGGGUACUUUCACUGUGAAAAAUUAGUGACACAAUCAACCGUCCAUGUGAUGACGGAAUCUGAGCUCAUGCAAGUCAGCUGCAUCCACUUCUAUCCGGUGCGUAUACUGUCCAAUACAGCACUUCCCGCGUAACCGGGGCCCGCUGGUAAAUCUUUGAGCAGUGGUGAUGAAAUGCGCUCUCUCUCUCCUGUUAGCAGUAGACGCUUAUCUGACGUCAGACAGGACAUUGGUUAUUAAAGGUCCGAUAAUGUCUUGUUCAAUGCCCGAUCUAAGGCGAAUACUGCAACGUUCAAAGAACAAGGGAAAGACAAUGUCCACGCAAUUUUACCAGACGCUCUUAUAAAGAGCGACUUACAGUUAGCGAGUGCAUACAUUUUUUUUCUCCCAUACUGGCCCCCCGUGGGAAUCGAACCCACAACCCUGGCGUUGCAAGCACCAUGCUCUACCAACUGAGCUACACGGGGCCCAAUUCUUUAAAGGAGAGAAAAGGCACACAUCCCCAUUUUGGCCUGAACGAAUAGGCUAACAGUAGGGCAGCAUUAGCCAAUAGCCAACUAAUUAGGCUGCACUGAUAAUUGAAUGGCAACAUGCAAUGACAGCAGCCUCAUGAAUUCAUAGUGAUUUAAUAAACACAACCAUGUUUGCAUAUUACAGGUUCGGUUGUAGACUAUAGGCCUAUACAAAUUCUAAGGCAGUAUCAAGGAUGAUAGAAAUAAUGUUUUGUGAGUAUGCUUUUCUAAAAUUGUGAUUAAAACUGACUUCAGAAAAGGAUCUCAUUAGGCCCUUAUUACCAUAAAACGUGUUCGGGCACUGCAUGCCAACAAUCAUCUGCAGGCUGCAUUGGCUUAAUCGAUUAUUGUCGAAAGAGGAUCAUGCUUUUUAAGGGGACAGCAAAGAGAUAAAUAAGCAGUCGAGGGGCUUAAUGUUGUGACAAACAUUCCAGAUUUUGCACGCUUGUAUCCAGAUUAUUUGCACAACAUAACACACCGGUUGUGUCAACAUUUUACAUUUUUUACAUUACAUUUUGAAUAGUACAAAAAUUAAUUAUACGGGAGAUGUUACGCCUCCUUUAUUUUUUAUUUUUUACAUCAUAUAAUUUUUUCCCAACAUUUAAACUUUUCAUUUAACUCAGAGUUGAAUAGUAGACAAGUAAUUCCAAAGAGCAUGCAGCUUGACUAAUUGAAAACGGAAAAACUGAAAGAAAGUUAGGACUAAUUGUUAUUAACCAUAAUUUCACAUGAACAAAUAUUUUAUCGUAUUACAGAAAUAUUAUUGAAUACAGAAAUCAUUAGAGAGCCUGAAAAAUACAAAUAUUUGAAUGUCCAAACGGCCUAACCUGAGAGAGCCGAGCCUGCAUGCGCUCAAAUACACUGACUGAAACCUGGGUCGAUCACCAGCCGGUCGCAGAAAAAACCGCAGUCACAUACACCCAGUACCCACAGAUGCAACCCGAAACUCCAGUUGGGCAAACCCACACAAAUCAACAAAGGAACAAAAUGACCGUGAAAUCAAUUGAUUAAAUAAUCAAUGCUAUAUUACAUGCGAAAUAAACAAACGGGGUGGAGUCUAAUAUAAGAAUUUGAAUUGAUGUUUGAAUAUCUAUUCAGUGAGGCUAUCGUUUUGAUUAUUCAGGCCUAUGCUGUGCCGGAAUCUUUAGACCCCUUUUCUACUAUUGGCUACAAAUGAAAAAUGUUGUUGUUUAUAGAAGCUAUACAAAUACAUAAUUACAUCAAAUGUAUAUAUCACAUUCAAUGAUCCAAUAUCAAAAUUAACACACUUAAUGUGUGUGUGUGUGUGUAAAUAAUUCCCAUGCAUGGCCUUAAUUUCUGUUCAUUCAGGGUUACUAUUCGUUCAAGAUUUUCACAAGGCACAAGAAUUACACCACGGUGUAUAUCGCAAUAAUAUCAUGCAGGCAAGCUCCUUUAGCAUAUUUGUUUUGGGUCCAAUGCAGAUACAUAUGUUACCUAAUCUAGCCACAAGUGUUGCCCUUUUUCAUACUAUCACGCCAUAGUUUGCAGUGUUUUAGUUGUUAAUGAUACACACGUCUUGUCUCCAAUUGCAUUAACGCAACACACACCCACAUAUUAGGUGACUUCAAGCCCAACUUUUUUUUUUACCAUACUCCACUUUUGUUCGAUAAAGACUAUAGUUAUAUAAUUGAUCAAAUAUUGUAUUCAUUUUAAUUCAAUUUCCUCUGACGUGUUAAUUCUAAUUAUUAUUCUAAUAAUAAUAAUAAUGAUUAGUAGUAUUUAUUGAUACUAUUAUUAUGCUUAUAUUGCAUAGGCUACUAUUUAGUCAUAUUUGCAGCCAUUUGAGCUGCCUCGUUGGUUGAAUAAUUAAUGUUUCUGUACAGCACUUCGAGAUAUUAGCUGAUGUACGAAGGGCUAUAUAAAAAAAAAAAAAAAUAAUUGAAUAACAUUUUCCAUACAAGUUCUCAUCUGCACUGUCUUUUCAGUUGACUGCAGAAUUAAAUCCAUCAAAAUCGACCUUUGAGACGAUUAGCAGGCUGCUUCAGACGUCCCAUAAAUCACUAAAAAGAAGAAAAAUACUCAAAGAGUGACGAAAAGUAAAUAAAUUUAAGGUUUAACUUAAUAGACAGAGGCAGGACUGGUAGCCUAGGCCUAAGCAAUUAUGUUUUGUGGCGUUACAGAGCAAAUUAACACGUUCUGAACAUGCCAGGAACAGUAGGCCGACAUGAUUACCGAGGAACAAACAUCACAGUGACAGUAUGCGUUUGAACAAGAUUCCCUUACAAUGUUGAUACGCAGUGUUAAUGUUGGCCACACAACUCACUCAAAAACGAUAUAAUCCGUGGUUUCUUGUGGUAAAUCAUCCAUACUGCCAAUGAAAUAACCCUGACUGUGUUGUCUUAAUUUUAUUUUUAAAAGUAAAACAACAAUCCUCAAUAUAGGCUCUGGGUCUGGUAUUGCAGUUUUUCAUUGUCUAUUUGAUGUUGAGGCCUGUAGGCCUAUAUAUAUCGCUUGGUUAUGUAUUUCUGUUAACUAACACAUAUAAACAGAUUUGUUGCUAUAAAACAACUUAAGAAUAGGCUAUGAAAAACAUUUCCAUAAAUACGAUCACACAAGAACAGACUGCACCUUCACAAUAGCAACAUAAUAUAACUGCUAUUAAAUCAUCGAAAACGAUGAGGUGAUGCUGUAAUAAUCUCUAUUGCAAUAAACUAAGUAACAGCCCAUAUUAAUGAUUUGAAAUGAUUCAGCCGUAGCUGAUGAUGAUGUGCAUCUUGCAUGUCCACCUCUUACAUUGACCCAAUGACUUGUUACAAGCCAGUUAUUCGUAGUAAGUAAUUAUGAACAAGAGGUUGAGUCCAUGGUUGACAUAGUGACUGUUUCUCGCCCGCAGUAGCCCGGCCUCUGCGGGAGAGAGUCGCAUCGCACCCAAUUUCAGAUCAGCCCCAUUCAGGCCAUCGAUCCCAGGCAGACCGGUUGGCUGAACGGUGCGGUUAGUUAUCGAUUCCCCCACCAUACCCCCCCUCAGCUCUCCCACUUCAAAUCCGACAGAGCACACACCUCUAGCCUGGCUGCUGAGGCAGCUUUCACACGCUCACAUAUUUAUUUAUUUCAGAAAUGUUUUUAUUUACUUAUAUACUUGUUUGUUUGUUAAAAAAGGUCAUCUGGAAGCAUGAAGUGUAUUUUGCUAAAAUCGGCGAUUAGUAACUCAGGUAUAACCUACAAAUAAUAACUCAACGAGAUCAAAUUUGUAUUCUGAUGAUAUACAUCAAAUACGUUCACAAUUAAUUUACAACGUAUCCCAUAAUAUCAAAUGAUUUAUAAACUGACGAUGUGGUAGGCUACAUUCAACAAAAUGCGUCGAAAUUUGAGAUACACCUGUUGCUAUUUAGGAUUUAGAUAAGACACUUACAGGCAUGAUAGACCUCUUGAUGUAUAAAUAUCAUAAUUAUUAUCAUGUAGCCUAAAGUAUAGAUCAAACCAAUCUCAUUGAAGUUAGUCAAUGUAUUAACAUUAUCCCACUCUUACAACCAUGUUGCACUAGCACUUGUAUUGCUAUUUCACCUUAACUGUAUUUCUCUAACAAAAAUAAUCAGUCGGUUAUUGCCUUUCUUAAUCAGGGAAACACCAACAUGACAGAGUGCAUAAUAGAAAGUAAUAAGGGGGCACUAAAUUAUAAAUGUUUAAUCAUAAAACAAAAGUAGAGUUUAUAUCACUAUUGCAAUCUAUAGAUGGGCACUCCUAAAUUUCCCCUGUAGCCUGACUGCUAUGUUUACUGAGCAAUGCCACCAUAUUUCAUUGUGCAAAUUUCACCGACUUUUGUUGCCAAUUAUGAUAUGCCAUAUCAAUACAUUUAAGCAUGACGUCUACAACAUUUGCCAAGUCACUAAUUUUGUCAUAUUUGACUUCAGUUAAAUAUUACUCGUAAUAAGUACAAAUUAAUGUUUCCAUCGAUAAUCUGAGCACUUGAGCACUGCUUUCAAAGGAAUUCUGCAGCUGUGAAUGUCACAGUUGUUAUCACAAGUAAUGAGCUACCUACAUAUUAUAUUAUUUUGAUAUUAUAUUAUAUCAGGUUCUGGGCCUGCAUAGGUAAUCGUAUUUAUCUUACGGUGAUUAAGGAAGUGCUCACUUGACUUCUAUUUAAGAGCAAAUAUAAAAAUAAAAAAAACGUUUGAUUGUUGAAUGUUGCACACAAAGAAAUCUCUUUGUCUGAUGAUCUCAGAUAUAAUGGUAGCCUAAUGACUGGUAGAAUAUAAAGUAUCAAUAACAUAGUAUUUUAAAAGAAAAUGUCAAAUGAAAAUGUACGCUACCAGUGAAUUUAUCCUGAACUGCAGUUAGAACCAUUCUUCUUCCAUCAAGUGAUUUGAGCCGGGUGACUUUCAAAGUGUUAUUAAAGUUGUGGGGGAAUGCCUUGCAGCAGAGCAGUGUGCAAAGUAAACAAACACAUUGUAUCAAGUUAUCAGUAUAUUAGCACCAACUCUGCCUCAUUACAUUAAGGAGUAUUGAGUUGGAAGUACUUUGCAUUGGGAAACCUUGGCACUGCCCUGCGGUCUGAAUGGAAUAAAUACUGUACAAACUAGCCUUUAAAGUGCAGCCCAGUCGAUACACAUCCUAUCAAUCUUUGUGCAACACAACAUAAGUGAAAAACAAAAACCAUGGCUUUAUAAUACUGUACGCCCCACCUUACAGCACUAUCCACCAAGGUCUUGAGAAAAGGUGCAUCCGAUUCUGUUGCAUCUAUAAUCCUGCAGGGGAAAAUAAUUGAGUUUUAGAUAACGCACUGAUACCUGCCAACUGGCAGUGCAUAUAAGGCAGAGAUAAGUGCCUCGGGUUCUUUUGUGUAAGGGCAAUGGAAGCAGGACUUGAAGGUGGCUUUAUAGUGUGCAUGAUGUUGAACCGCAGCCAGUAAAACUGUUUAUUGGUAGAUUAGUUAAAUCAGUGGUCUAGGGCUAGAGUAGACCAUACACCAUAUACACUUUAACCAGGAGUCCUCAACGGACAUGUGUUUUACAUUUAGGACUGUUGACAUAAAAUAUUUAGCCAUUGCUAUUAGACAUUAUUAGCCAUAUUGUAGGACUAGAUGAUCAUAGCGCUAUUCAUUCUGCAGUGCCAAUAACCAAAGCUCAUUACAAAAUGUCGUUCAUUCAUAGAUCCAAUGUGAUUUCAAUGUCUAGAGAUGAGGCUACUUCUAUCUUUUAACUCGAACUUUAUUUAACACCUAGUAGGUUUCUGUUUUUCUCAUACAAAUAGAACAGCAUCACAAAAUUGGCAACAUGGCCUUUGGAUGGCAUUUGGAUAACCCAGGAACUGUGAAGCGGUCCUUGGAAUAACAGGCUUGGUAGGCAAGUCGCCCAUAUAAGUGCAAUUACAUAGAGGUUUAUGAGAACCAUUGUUUCCACAACAUUUUAGCAAAUAAAACCUACAAUUAACCAAUUCGAGAGACGCUUGGUCCAUGGUAGCUGUUGAUUAUUUAGCAUCCGUUUCCUUUCCCAGCAUGUUUUGUGUCCACGCCCCUUCCCAUUCUCCUUCCGAGGCAUAUUUAAUUGGACGAACUGAAUUUCACACAUGAAUUAUUCACUAAUCUAUCAACCGAUAUUGAACACCCAGGGCCUUUCUCUUAACCUCUUUUUUUUGUGCGUUGCAAUGCUAGCAAUAAUAACUUCCAGAAAAAGAGGCAAGUUAUUGUCAAUUUUCUUUUUUACAUAACUUUCAACUUUACAUUGGAGUUCAAUACAAAUGAGUUCAAGUCAGGAUCCUCCCGUCCAUUGUGAGAUUGUUUUGAGUAACCAUGACAAAAGCCGACACCCGUAAGCUAUAUUAUGGUAAACCCUAUACCGACCCAAAUGUAUCGAUUGGUAAUGAUGAUGAUUAAUUGAGUAGGCUAGGCCUAUACUCUGAUGGCUACUCCGAUUACCAUCGCUAAAAUGUGUUAAAUGGCAUCUUACAGAAAUGUGAGAACUUAGGCUCAUAUUCUGCACAAUAUGUCAACGCUAAUAAGAGGAGUAGGUACAUAUAGCAGAACACAUUUUGUUUCUGCAAAAGCAUGAGGCACAAUACUGUAUGUUAAUAUAAUACUGUUUGUAAUGAGUUGCUUUUAUAACACAACUUCCCCCUAACCAUAUACACAUGCCAAAACGUAAGCUAUAGGCUAUUAUCCAAUACAAUUAUCAAGUUUAGGACGGAGAAAUAUUGAAUAAACAAAAAAUAUAUAAUUGUAUAUAUUUAGCCUAUGUUUUUGUCAAUUUUACUACGAAACUUCCACUGCAGCCACAGCUAAGUAACGAACGGGUAGAAUAAUUGCCAGGGUGUGGGGUGGUAGGCCGGAAAGAGUAGACCAACUUGAAAGCCGAAAAUAAAAUCCAAAAAACAUUUCUAUUAUGAGUCCAAUGUGGGUAGUUCUUUGUGCAUGUCCGUUUCUUUGCUCUGUGUCUACUGUAGCUCUAAAAGCUGCAGUGAUCGAUUUUCUUCUUCUCUACAGCGCGCUUGGUUCAGUAAUCAGGGCCCCCUUCCUCAUCGAUCGAUCGCUAUUGAUUACUAAAUCCAGCGCCUGUAGCAAGGCAGCCCAGUGUGGCGCCCGGUACGGACAGGGCACAGCGCUAGUGACACCUUCUGACUAAGAGACGAUAAAACAACAGGGCCAAAAGUCUCCCACAGAGCUCUGUGUACAACUCGAACAUAAUGGGAUGAAGGGGCUGGAUGGAGAGAGGGAUAAGAGUGGAUAGCUGUGUUAAUAAUUAUACACUACACAUAUCAAUAGGCUGUUGAAUCUAAUGGCAUCUGUUGCUCAAGCUAACUACAAUUAUGAUAAAUCCAGACUAUAUGAAACUAUCAUCAUCAUCAUCACCACCACAACCAAAUCAGCAGCACUAACUGAUUAUCUAUAAAUUCAUGUCAAUAGGAUAGGCUGAACACUGUACAAGUCCGUCUAUAGUGCAGACACAGUGUAUAGUGUAUGUGUGUACAGUAGGAGAGGCCUGUAGUUGUAGUGUUGAUGUGAAAUAUGAAUAUGAUGGAUGUGCUCUUGUGGAGGUUAGACGGCUGUAGUAAACAGAUUUGACAUGCAAUGGCUGAUCAAUGGGCUCUGGACCACUGUAAUUAGACACACAGCGCCAAAGCUUGGCUCCAGCCACUUCAGCACAAUCACACAUACAGACACAGACACAUGCACACACGCACACACACACAUCCGAGAAAGUGUAGAAUAAAGGAAUAUUGGAGUGAAAAAAUAUAGAAAAGAGGAGGGUAAUUAUGGUGACAGCAAGGGAAAUAACCGACUGCCUCAAAUCCUCAGGGACGAAAUGCACCUCCUCCACAUCUAUACCUGUCUUGUCAUGUUUUCACUGUUCAUAUCACCUUUAUACAUAGUUCAUACUUAGUUUACUGUACAUUACAUAUGCUGUAUCUUUUUUUUUUAGUGCCUCUAAAUAUUACUAGAUGUUUUCUUUUCAAAUUGAUCCUCAUAGAAGUCAGUGCACACUCAACCCUCCAUUUUGUGUUGGAGGCAGUUAUAAAUACCACCUCAGAGCUCAAUGAAUAGGGCUCCAGUGGGUUCUCUGUUUGAUGUAGCAGACUGCAGACCUGCUGGAGGGGAUUCUGACCUCAGUCCCUGUAGAGAACCCCCCCAAUUCCUACAGCAAUGUGGGUCAAUAUAUCCCUCUCUACCACUCCCUCUCUCAUACACACAUGCACACACAAGCACACACACUAAGCUCUCUUUCUCUCUUCUCUCGCGCUCUCUCUCUCUCACUCACACGGAUGUGUGCGUGUGCACACACAUGCACACAAACGCACACACACAAACGCUCACUUUUGUGUAACAGUCACUCAGUCUCCCAUUGCGACCCAAACUGCAUUAAUAUUGAAUCAAACAGCAGUGUCUCCACCAGGCAGUCAGAGCAGCUUACCGCAGGCUAGCUCCCUGUUUGCACUCUGCAGGAUGGAAGGAAUAUUCCCACUGGGCACCAAGUUUAAUACAUGGCAAUAUAAGGGAGCUCAAUCUAUUUUGUUGCUGCUGAAACCUGUUUUUAUGUCUGGCUAAUGACUCAUUUCCCACACCUUCCCCUAAUUCUCCCUCUGCAUCACUCACCAUUUUACACUAUCUGAAAUACUCAUAUUCAUAUACUAUUACAGUACUAUAACUAUAACACUGCAUUUAUGCUAUGUUUAUCUCUUCCCAACCCCUACCAUCCCUCCCACCCCUCCCACCCCUACCACCCCUCCCACCCUUACCACCCCUCCCACCCCUCCCACCCUUACCAUCCCUCCCACCCCUCCCACCCCUCCCACCCUUACCACCCCUCCCACCCCUACCACCCCCUCCCACCCUUACCACCCCCUCCCACCCCUAACACCCCUCCCACCCCCCCCACCCCUAACACCCCUCCCAUCCCUCCCACCCCUCCCACCCCUACCACCCCUACCACCCCUCCCACCCCUAACACCCCUACCACCCCUCCCACCCCUACCACCCCUACCACCCCUCACAGCCUGCAAGCGCAAAGAGCAGGAGCAGCACAAAGACUGCAACAUGGUGCCCAAAAAGCAGCGGCUGGUCUUCACAGACCUGCAACGCCGCACGCUCAUCGCCAUCUUCAAGGAGAACAAGCGCCCGUCCAAGGAGAUGCAGAUCACCAUCUCCCAGCAGCUGGGCCUGGAGCUCAACACCGUCAGCAACUUCUUCAUGAACGCCCGGCGACGCUGUGUGGACCGCUGGCACGACGAGCACGGCACCAGCCCCGGCCAGCCGGGCACCUCGGCCACCACCUUUUCCAAAGCCUGA